AUAUCAUGUAUCUCAUAGUGCCAUGCRGUCUUCAUAUUCAUGUCUUUAACCACUAUAUAUACGAUAUGCGCCUUUGGGUUUUGGUGAAAAAUGCAAAAGAACAGAGAAAAACGCAGAAUUUUUAGAAAUCAAUUUUUGCCGCCAAAUUUCUUAAAAUARUCCCAUAAUGCUCUAAGGUCACUGUCGGCCAUCCCACGUGUAWCAUGCGUGUAUUUAGGACGUAGCUCAGUAUCCUUAAACACAUUUUUUCGGUAUUUUUUUCCAAACAUUACCUCGCUUUAGGAGCAAUAGAUAUCCUUAGAGCAUUGUUUYAGCGCAUGAAUCGUAUUUGGGGCAGUUUGGUCGUUUCUGUUUGGUGUACAUGAGGUARCCAAGUUCAACUCAGCUGAGACUCGAUUCAAAACAAAGACUCGGGRAUUGGAAAUCGUUAACUACCAUCUCGAAUUCCAGUUAAGCCAUUGGAAGCAUAGGGAGGAGCAGAGKUCAAUUCCACUGUUCUUGGACUUACCAUGAUCGAUCCUCAAGACUCGGACUACAUUUGGGUAGUUGUUGUUGGAUUUAUCUUAGCUUUCGUCCUCGCAUUUGGAAUCGGAGCAAACGACGUUGCCAACUCUUUUGGGACAUCAGUAGGCUCGAAGGUUUUGACUCUUCGACAGGCGUGUAUUAUUGCCAGUAUUUUCGAGGUUGCUGGUGCUGUGCUGAUCGGUGCUCGUGUAUCUGAUACUGUUCGCAAGGGUAUCAUAGACAUCAACUCAUUCAAUGGUACAGAAGAACUAGCAAUGGUUGGCUCCCUGUCAGCCUUGACAGGCACAAGUGUGUGGCUACUUGUAGCAACAUUCUUUAAUCUUCCUGUGUCAGGAACACAUAGCGUUGUUGGGGCGACAAUGGGUUUUGCUUUGGUGGCGCAUGGGCUUGAUGGUGUCAAGUGGAAAACUUUUGGAAAAAUUGCUGGGUCCUGGGUGAUAUCUCCAUUGCUGUCUGGCUUCAUCAGUUCAUUGAUAUUUGUUUUUGUCAAUUUUCUUAUUUUGAAGAAGAUUGAUUCAUUUUCAAGAGGAGUAAAGUUCCUUCCAUUGUUUUAUGCAGUUACAAUUGCUAUCAAUCUUUUCUCCGUCUUUUACAAAGGAUCCCACAUGCUGCAUUUCAACAAGAUUCCUCUUUAUGGUGUCCUAAUUCUGACCAUCGGAGGUGGCAUCCUCACUGCAAUUGCAGUGCAUUUCGUUCUUGGACCAUAUUUACAGCGUAAAAUCAUCAGAGAAAUGGCAGCUGAAGAUGAAAACAGUGUAACUUGCUCUCCAACUUCAGAUCCUGAAGAAAGAUUUGAUGUGGAACUACAUCUUGACAAAGACAAGAAGAAAAAUGGAAAAGAUGGAAAUAAAAAUAAAGAUGAGCUUAAUGGUGAUACAAUCCAUUUGGAUGUGAACAAUAAAGAUACUACCGUCAUUUCCAAUGCAACGAUUGCUACACUAAGCCCCCUUGAUGAAAAAGAGCUUAUUAGUGAUCCAGAUUCACCAGAAAAACAUGACGAUGAACCUCACCUAGGUGAUGUGAGACUAAGGUCCUACUCCAUGGGCAUGCAAGUACUUGAAACUAAAGUCCAUGAUGAUCCUAUGACWGGAAGAYUGUUUGCCUUCCUACAAAUUAUGACUGCKUGCUUUGGUGCUUUUGCUCAUGGAGGAAAUGACGUCAGUAAUUGUAUUGGACCUUUGAUAGCAUUAUGGACUACAUUCCGCGAUGGAGGCAUUCAACCUAAAGUUGAUAUACCAAUAUGGAUUUUGUUGUAUGGUGGUGUUGGUAUCUCGAUAGGUUUGUGGGUAUGGGGAAGGCGUGUCAUCAAGACUGUCGGAGAAGACCUUACGCCAAUCACACCUACAAGUGGGUUCACCAUUGAGAUUGGUUCAGCCAUCACUGUYCUCCUGGCUUCCAACCUUGGAAUUCCAAUCAGCACCACCCACUGCAAGGUUGGCUCAGUCGUCAUGGUUGGACGUGUCAGAUCCAAGGAGCAUGUUGAUUGGUCAAUAUUCAGGAAUGUUGUUCUGGCAUGGAUCGUGACUAUGCCUGUUGCAGGGGCACUUUCUGCAGUAUCUUAUGUUGGUCUCCGUGAACUUGUGUGAGUUUAAUAUUUUAGUGGCCUGGAGUAGUGUGUUUGGUAGUUUAUUGCUAAGGAAACAAAGGUUAUAUAUUAGCACAGAUUGUGACUGUUACAAGUAAUUGUGAUUAUUGAGGGUAUUAUUAUUAUUCAGUUGUGUAAAAAGAUAAAUUCAACACCAUAAAAAAAGUAGGAGAAGUAACGUAAGUUACUUAAAUCUCCUACUUUUUUACGGUAUUGAAUUUAUCUUUUUACAGAACUGUUUCUUUAGAAACACCGACGCAGCUCACACUAGUUUACCGCUAGUUCCCACCAUUUUUAUCAUUAUUCAUACAUGUUAAAUUUUUGUUAAUAACUUCUUGAUAGUGGUACACAUACAGAAUAUUACACGGGUGCAUUUUUUAUUGUAUUUUCUCAUAUCCAACAUUAUUUAGGAAUAAGAUUUGUACCUCAUCCUAUGUGGUAUACAUGUAUAAGCUCUACAGAUACCCAUGUUAGUGACAAGUCUGAAUGCAAAGUAUCAAUAGGCAAUGUKCAGCGACGCCAUUUUGUGCAGCAAAAGCAUGAUGGUAGUUGUAAUCCUUGCACUUUUCAAAACYCCUAAAAYAUCUACUUAAAAGCCAUUUUUACACUUUCUUUUUAAAAACGGCACAAAUACUUUAUUUUUGCUUAGAAAAAGCAAAAACUGGUUAAGAGAGCUCUUUUAGCAGACAUAUAAAWGUGCUAGUACUACAACUACCAUCAUCCUUUGCUGCACAAAAUGGCGUCGUUGUACAUUGCCUAUUGAUUUGGGAGGCUGAUUGAUAGAUUCUAUAAUUUAUUCAAAAUUCAGUAGUAAAUCUAGUAAAUCUGAUUUUCAAAAGGUUUUUGUAUGUUUGGAUAAUCAAUCACUAGAAGCUACUAGUUGAUCAUGAUGAGUAUUCUCAAAUCUGCAGAAAAACAUGGGAAAGCAAACUAGAUCAGUAAAUUUUCAAUUAGUAUAAAUUUAUGGUGGUCAUUGCUUUUAUUGAUUGAAUAAUGCCAUCAAUAAUAAAUUGAUACAARACCAACAUCAAAUUUUGGUCAUGCACUCUCCAUGAAAACUUUUAAUAUUUAAAAUAGCCGAGUGAAUUUGUAGCUGAUACAGAACAGUGCUCUAUACUCAUUAGUGCAUGCAUUUCCUUGUUGUUUAUCUAUUGUAAUAUUUAAAAUAGCUAUAUUUCUGAAAAUAGCAAAGAAAAUAGCCUUUGAAAUUCAUACAAAUCAAGAUAAAUAGUCUUGAAAUUAUAAAGACUCCUCGAUUCCUUCACUUGCUAUGGUCUACAACCCUAAUGAUGUCAUGUCGGCAAAUUGCAUUAUAUUGAUGUUAGUGUCAUGAUGGCUGAGGUUCCUUUGUGAAAAUAUUCGAACCAUCUGUUAUCAAGAAUGAUAUAGAGGUACAUUUGAAUAAAACGGCUGAGCAAUAGAGGGUACUUACCAAACAGUCAUGGGCAAUAUAUAAUUCUUGUUCCUUGCACGUGGCCAUGCAGUAUGACUUCAGUCAGUAAUUUGGUCAUUCUCAUGCAUGGUAUACCUCGCCAGGAACCCCAUGGCAACGUCAUUAGGGAAACAGACCAUAGUCUUGAGCUUGCUAGUUAUUAGGUAUUUCAAAUUGAUUUAUACUGGAAAUGAUUUAUAAAAAGGGAUGUUUUUGAAUACUACUUUAGUCUGGAGAAUAUUUUUAUAAAGUGAGCACAAUUUUGAUGUUACUAUUGAGUGAAUUAUUAUGAUUAUGGUACAUUUUAUACAUUGAUUUUAUAUUCUGAUUAAUUAUAUAUUAUUAUUUUGUUUYAUGRGUUAYGGUUGAUGUCUACAAURGGCYCUUUGCAGCUGGGGGUCACAUGACCACACCUACCUUAAAUCAAUCAGCAAUGACAAAAUGAUGAUCAAAAAUGGAAAGAGGAGAUCAAAAUAAGUAAGAAGACAUAGUUUCAAGUCUCAAGCAAGGCUUGCUCUCCAGGUCUAUUUUCCUAUACAUUUCUUUAGAAAAAUCAAUAAAAUUUUACAUUUGCUGUCAUUUUUGAAGUAUUUAAAGUUGAGGAUUGAGAUUUUGCCAUUUUACCAACAUAAACCUGCUCUUUCCAUUUCUGAACAUCAUUUUUUGAUAGCUGAUUGAUUUAAGGUAGGUGUGGYCACGUGACCCCCAAGCUGCAAAGGGCCUAUUGGCAAUUUGAUGAAAAAGAAGAUAUGACAAAAACCAAUUGUGUGUGUGUGUGUUUCAAAGCCACACAGAUGCUGAUGCCUUUUGUUUUGACAAGUUUUGUGAUGUUUUUGUUUUUUGGAACAACACACUCUGCUGGUUUUGAGUAAUACUCCAAUUUCGAGUUCUGGUUUGCUCUGUGUUAGCCUCAAAACCAAGUAACAUAUUCUUUUGUUUUAUUGAUAGCCUGUGAAAACGCAUGGAAUUURAAAAGRRAKACAAUARAAUUGAUAUGAAAUCUCACACUUUUAUUCUCACAAUUACGAAUAUUUUGCACACAAAUGAGGCUAACACAGAGCAUUGGAGAAUUCGAAACUGGAUUAUUGUAUUUAAUCUAUAUUAUCUUGACUUAGUCAACCUCGUUCCCAGGCCCUCAUCCCAAGCAAAGGGGAUAAGAGUCUGGGAACGAGGUUGUGACUUAGUAUUUAUAUACAUGUAGAGUGCAAAGAAAAUGCAAGAUUUCACGUUUUUAUUAUUAUGAAAAAUUACUAUUCCAUUCUCURGCUUACUAAAAAGGAACAAAAAAACAACAGCAACAGAUUCUACCAUUUAUAAUUUAACUUUCAUUUGUAUUGAUGAGGUGAGGUGAGGGUCACAAGUAGAAAAAAAAACAAAAAACAAAAAAACAACAACAACAAACAAGUUUGAUGCUCUGUCCAACAUCUUUAAUGAGGUAGUAGGCUGGCCAACACUAUUUAAGGUGUUUGAUGAUUUGGCUGGGGUUUUAUGUGCACGUGAAGCGCACAGAAAGUAGUUUUUUCAUAAACCCUUGAAACAGUGUAGCGUAUUUACUAUCUUAACUCCUGGCUAUCAUCAAUUGCCGAGUUGGAGAGCCGAUCACAAUCGAGGAUUUUGGACAUUAUUGUUUAUAUACUCGUAAUUGUUUCACGGGUUUACGGCAACUACUACUUAACAAAAAGAUUGUAUUGGUACUGAACUUGUAAAGCUUGAUUAAACUUCAUUAAAAUGUUUGCUUAAUGAAU